ACUUGAGGUUUUCUAUUGGUCACCUACUGAAUAUUGACUCUUAUUGAUAUUGGCUACUCAAAUACUCAAUUUUCAAAGUUCUUACUUCUUACUACUACUAAAAGUUAAAACUUAUUUAAAAUGGCAAGUGUAGAGGAACUGCAGAAAAAAGUGAGUGAGUUGGAGGCAAAGUUAGCUGCUGCACAGAAAAAUGCAGUGCCUGCUCGUGAAAAGAUUCAAGUUAUGUCCUCUGAAGUCGUGGACUCGAACCCUUACAGCCGGUUAAUGGCUCUGAAGCGAAUGGGUAUAGUGGACAACUAUGAGAAGAUCAGAGAAUUGUCAGUAGCAGUGGUGGGUGUGGGGGGAGUUGGUAGUGUAACAGCUGAGAUGCUCACCAGGUGUGGCAUUGGCAAGUUGAUUUUAUUUGAUUAUGACAAAGUGGAGCUAGCCAAUAUGAACCGGCUGUUCUUCCAGCCACAUCAGGCUGGUCUGAGCAAGGUAGAUGCUGCUGCCGCCACCCUCCAGGCUAUUAACCCGGAUGUUGCAAUAGAGGCACACAACUAUAACAUAACAACUGUUGACAACUUUCAAAAGUUCUGUGAUUCUGUCAGCAAGGGUAGCCUUAUUGGUGGGCCUGUUGACUUAGUGCUGAGUUGUGUUGACAACUUUGAGGCUCGCAUGGCCAUCAACACAGCAUGCAAUGAAUUAAAUCAGCGUUGGUUUGAGUCUGGAGUGAGUGAAAAUGCUGUCUCUGGACACAUACAGUUUAUUGUGCCUGGAGAAACUGCUUGUUUUGCGUGUGCCCCACCUCUGGUAGUUGCAUCUAAGAUAGAUGAGAAGACAUUGAAAAAAGAUGGAGUGUGUGCAGCCAGUCUCCCCACGACUAUGGGAAUUGUUGCCGGUUUCUUAGUACAAAACACACUAAAGCACCUGCUGGGGUUCGGAAACGUGAGUUACUACCUGGGCUACAGUGCUCUCACCGACUUCUUCCCCACAAUGACUCUCAAGCCCAACCCACAGUGUGAGGAAGCGUACUGCCGGCUGCGGCAGACGGAGGCCCAGGGCAGGCCCCGCGUGGAGCUGGCUACCGAGGUCACGGAGGACGCGGGGCCCGUGCACCACGAAAACCAGUGGGGUAUCAGCUUGGUAGACGAGAACUCUCCCGAUGAAGAGACCAGCACAUUGAGCUUGGUGGACGGUGUCCAGGUGGCGUACAGCGUGCCUGUAGAAAGCACACCGGAGUCCAGUACGGGCGGUGCUGUGGCUGCCUCGGAGCUGUCCCUCGAGGACCUCAUGCAGCAGAUGAAGACCAUGUGAGACGACCUCUGGUGAGCUGGCCAGAAGUCCACUCUCACUAAUGUGUAUGAUUACCAUAUCGGCCACAACUUUCAAUUUAAUAAAACCACGAAAAUGAUCAUCGUUGCUAUGUAACAAUAUACCAGCCUUUUAACGAUAUACAGGAUGGUGCUAUAAUGGCGACAUUAUAAAUGAACGUACGGGUAGAGAUCUUAAAUAUUACGGUUAUAUAAAAAAAUAAUUCGAAAAUUUAAGGUAAAUAAUUGAAAUUUUUAAAUUUUGAAACAAACAAUUUAUAUGUUUAGGAAACAAAAUUUUAAUCAUCCUUAAGUGGUCACAUAAGACGGCAUGAAGUAGAUGUGAGUGCCUAUGCUAGGUCGCGGCUACUAGAUUUCUUAUAGGUUUUUCCGAAAUGAUUUUAUGGAAAAUAGGUUUAUUUUGGUGAAUUAAUAUGAAUGUUUUUAUGAUAACGGUUAAGUAGUUCUACCCGUGUGUUUUUUUAAUAUAGCCAUUGUAGCACCACGCUGUUUAUACAAAUAUAUCUAAUAACAUAAUUGUUAGUCAAUCAACACGGCAAUAUAGUCAAAAGUGAUUUGAUAAAACAUGGAAAAUCAUGGAUCCAUUAUUUAUAUUCCUUAAAAAUGGACUCGGCUCCAGGCAUUUAUCUCGUAUAAGUUACGUUUACUCUGACGAUGCUAGAAUGCGUCUAUUGGUCUUUAGAAUUGCUUCAUAAAAUCCCCUUAUACUCACAAGGGAUUCUGUUUUUGCUAUAAAGAGUUGAAUAAAAAUAUAUAUUGGCCUAAAAAUUGUAAAGUUGGCUUAUUUUGACAUAUCCUAUAUUCAGUGUUGUCUUGUCACAAUUUGUAAUUCAUGUAUGUGUGUUUAAUAUUUGUAAUAUCUAAAGUAUAAGUAAUUUUAUUGAAGUAGGCGUUACUUUGCUGAAAUCCAUAAUUAUCCAAAUGAUUUGAGUUUUCCUUAGUGUUUUAAUUCCGCCAAUAUUUGUCUUUAAACAAUUCGACACGUGUUUCGCCUCUACACGAGGCAUCCCCAGGACAUGUUGAGUCGCCAAAAUCUGGCACGAGACUGCCUAUAGACUCCAGUCUACUCAAUGUCCUGAGGAUGCCUCGUGUAGAGGCGAAACACGUGUCGAAUUGUUGAAAGGCAAAUAUUGGCGGAAUUAACAAUAAAGAAAACUCAAAUAAUUUGGAUAAAGUAUAAGUGUAGGUGAAGAUAUUACUUUAUUUGUUAGAGUACAAGUGAUUAGCAUUUCGAUGUAUUUUUUAUAUUCUCUCUAUUUAAAUAUAGUAUGUAAUUAUUAUGUAAAUAUAAUUUAUUAAUAUUUAAUACUAUAUUAUGUUAAUAGCGAAUCAUUCCAUAUUUAUUAAAUGAAGGAGACACCGGUACGAACCUUGAGCGGUCAGCGACAUCAGUGAGCAGGUAAACCGACAGACGCACACAAUUUGCGUGCGAUCAGCUGAUACCCCUCCCUAUGUUUGUUGACACCGCUCAAGAUCCGUGCUGGAGACUAUAUAUUAUGGCUAUUUAAAUUGUUUUUUUUAUAUAAAAUUUUAUUAAUAAUUCGUUGCUAAGUAUCUCAGAUAUUUAAUUAUACUUCGUUUGUAAUAA